GGUGAUGCUGCUCCCUGGUGUGUAGAGGAGGAGAGAGAGCGUGUCCGCUGCCCAAUGACAGCGCAGGAUGCUGAGAGAGGCUGCUGGGGUGAAUGGAGGCGACAAGAUGCCGUCUAGAGCGGCGAAGGAGAGGAAUUAACAUCGAUGAAGAUCUGACUUUGAAAUACUCCACCUAUUAAGACAUGAAAUAAGUCACCCAUGUGCGGUUCAGAGAGUCAGAGCAGCCUCAUUUCUGCGUGCUCCUGUUAAGGACCCUCUGGUGGCUACACCGCUGAUUCACAGGACAUGUACGGCAGUGCCAGAGCUGUAGGCCAUAUAGAGAGCAGCCCCGCACGGUCCCCGCGCCUGCCAAGGUCCCCCAGACUGGGCCAUCGGAGGGCCAACAGCGGGGGCGGGGGUGGUGCGGGGGGAAAGACGCUCUCCAUGGAGAACAUCCAGUCCCUCAACGCUGCCUAUGCUACUUCGGGGCCCAUGUACCUGAGCGACCAUGAGGGCGUGGGCUCCACUGCCACCUAUCCAAAAGGCACUAUGACUCUGGGUCGCGCCACCAGCCGGGCCAUGUACGGGGGCCGUGUCACAGCCAUGGGCAGCAGUCCCAACAUCGCUUCAGUGGGGCUGCCUCAUCAUGCUGACCUUCUGUCUUACAGUGACCUGGGCUCCCUUUCCAUGCUGCACCACCACCACCACCACCAGGGGGUGCCCUCCGCUCUGCUGAGGCAGGCGGUGCGGGGCAGUGGGGGGGAGCUGUUGGAGAUGCAGGCCCAGCUCAGGGAUAUGCAGAGGGAGAAUGAGCUGCUGCGCAGAGAGCUUGACCUGAAGGACAGUAAGUUGGGAUCUUCCACCAACAGCAUCAAGAGCUUCUGGAGUCCUGAGCUGAAGAAGGAGAGGAUAAUGAGGAAAGAAGAGGCGGCUCGCACAUCAAUCCUUAAAGAGCAGAUGAGAGUCACUCAUGAGGAGAACCAGCUGCUGGAUGCCAGGAGAACCAAGCAUCUCCAGAUGACCAUCCAGGCUCUGCAGGAUGAGUUGCGCACACAGCGAGACCUGAACCACCUGCUGCAGCAGGAGAGCGGUAACCGCUCCGCUUCUGAGCACUUCACCACAAUCGAGCUGACGGAGGAGAACUUCCGUCGGCUGCAGGCUGAACACGACAGGCAGGCCAAGGAGCUCUUCUUGCUGAGAAAGACCCUGGAGGAGAUGGAGCUGAGGAUCGAGACCCAGAAACAAACACUGGGUGCCAGAGACGAAUCCAUUAAGAAGCUGCUGGAGAUGCUGCAGAGUAAAGGGCUGCCCCCGGGGCCGGGCAGGGCGUCUGAGGAGGAAGAGCAGGAGAGAGCUAGGCGCAUUGCUGAGGCAGAGGCCCAGCUCGGACACCUGGAGGUCAUUCUGGAUCAAAAGGAGAAGGAGAACAUCCAUCUCCGAGAGGAACUGCACAGAAGGAAUCAGCUGCAUCAGGAUCCAAGCAAAACCAAGGCCCUGCAGACCAUCAUAGAAAUGAAACUAUCGUGGCUCACUGAAGAGGUGCAGCAGCCGAUCAUGCCAAGCUGCAUCAUACUUGAUGACAUGACAAGAAAUGGCAUAUUUAAUUUCCACUCUUCAACAUUCCAGACUGUCUGCAAACGUCACAGACUGCAGGACACCAAAAUUGCCUCUCUGGAGCGCAACAUUCGAGAUCUGGAGGAUGAGAUCCAAAUGCUGAAGGCGAACGGCUUACUGAACACAGAGGACAGAGAGGAGGAGAUCAAACAGAUGGAGGUCUACAAGAACCACUCCAAGUUCAUGAAGACCAAGAUUGAUCAGCUGAAGCAGGAGUUGUCAAAGAAGGAGUCAGAGCUGCUGGCUCUGCAGACAAAAUUAGAGACCCUCAACAACCAGAACUCAGAUUGCAAACAGCAUAUCGAGGUGCUCAAAGAGUCUCUCACUGCCAAGGAGCAACGUGCUGCCAUCCUGCAAACAGAGGUGGAUGCUCUGCGUCUGCGUCUGGAGGAGAAAGAGUCCUUCCUGAACAAGAAAACCAAGCAACUGCAGGACCUGACGGAGGAGAAGGGCACUCUCGCCGGAGAAAUCAGGGACAUGAAGGACAUGCUAGAGGUCAAAGAAAGGAAAAUCAAUGUCCUGCAGAAGAAGAUUGAGAACCUGCAGGAGCAACUGCGGGACAAAGACAAGCAGCUGGGGAACCUGAAGGACAGGGUCAAGUCUCUGCAGACCGACUCCAGUAACACAGACACUGCCCUGGCCACCCUGGAGGAGGCACUGUCAGAGAAGGAGAGGAUUAUAGAGCGUUUAAAGGAUCAAAGGGAGAGAGAAGACAGAGAACGUCUGGAAGAAGUGGAGUCCUAUAAGAAGGAGAACAAGGAUCUGAAGGAGAAGGUCAACAGCCUGCAGAUAGAAUUAACAGACAAAGAGUCCAGUCUCAUCGAUUUGAAGGAACAUGCUUCAUCCUUGGCAUCUUCUGGCCUCAAGAAGGAUUCAAAGCUCAAGUCACUGGAGAUCGCCAUUGAGCAGAAAAAAGAGGAGUGUAGUAAGUUGGAGACGCAGUUGCAGAAGCAAGCUGAGCAGCUAUUCAGUCACAUGAACAAUCCUAAGGCCCAUGAGGUAGAGCAACAGUCCAGCUCCAGAGGGAACCCGGACUACGUGGACCGAGUGAAGCUGCUGGAGAAGGAGGUGAGCUACUACAAGGACGAGGCCAACAAGGCUCAGACGGAGGUGGAGAGACUCCUGGACAUCCUGCGAGAGGUGGAGACUGAAAAGAAUGACAAGGACAAGAAGAUCGCUGAGUUGGAAAGCCCCCCUCCCUCUGCCCCUCGCCCCACCCCUCGUCCCGGUGGCAGAGCUCCCCCUGACCCGCUCCCUUCUGUGUCCGCUGCUCCCCAGCAGAUAGGGGGCAUGGUGUGGGAUUUCCUGGGAAAUCUAGCUCCGAGGCAAGGAGGCAAAGACCAGACUAAGAAGGGUCCAAACAUCAAACUGGGACCACAAGCGGACAAGAAAGGCUUAGGACAAGACCCUCGUAAGGACAGCUCCAUGGACAGUGGCCACCACUUAAAGUUGGAGGAGCUGAUGAACACGCUGGAAAGGACGAGGCAGGAGCUGGAAUCCACCAAGCAGCGUCUCUCCUCUACACAGCAGUCACUGCAGGAGAGGGACAGCCACCUCACCAACAUGAGACAAGAGCGUAGGAAACAGCUGGAGGAGAUCCUGGAGAUGAAGCAACAAGCUCUGCUGGCAGCCAUCAGUGAGAAAGAUGCUAAUAUUGCACUGCUGGAACUGUCUGCCUCUAAUAAAAAGAAGACCCAGGAGGAGGUGCUUUCCCUCAAGAGGGAGCGGGACAAACUGAUGCACCAGCUCAAACAACAUACACAAAGCAGAAUGAAGCUGAUAGCCGACAACUACGAAGAUGAGCAAUACCAUCCACACGGUCCUCACCACCCCCAGCCUCAACCCCCGCACACUCAGCCUCAGCCCCAGCCCCAGCCCCAGUACCCCCACGCUCCCCACGCUCCCCAUUCCCAGCAGACUCCAUAUCCACACGCUCUGCAUCCGCAACACCCACAGCACCCACAGCACCCACAAGCCCCCCCACAACACCCACACCCACAGCAGCCACAACCCCAGUACCCUCACCCUCCUCACCAACAGCACCCCCAGCAGCACCCUCAGCACCCCCAACCACCUCCCCAGCACCCACGCCCCCCACAACCACAACACCCUCACCAACAGCAUCCACAGCAUCCUCCACAGCACCCACAUGGACAUCCCCCUCCACAGCACCCUCACCCUCAGCACCCACACGGCCCUCCCCAACAAGCACCCCACCCCCAACAUCCACAUCCCCAGCAUCCUCAACACCCUCAGCACCCACAACACCCGCACCAUGGCCAACAUCCACGUCACCCGUCACCCCAUCAUCGUGGAGGACCGGCCCGAGUACCCCCACAUGCUGGUCACCGCCCCGCCCAGGACCAGGAUGACGACGAGGGCAUUUGGGCAUAAUCCUUGCUGUGACAACCAAAGCUCUAAUGUUGUUUUGAGGGAUGAUUCAGUCACUAGUGGAGGAGCACAGCCAUUCCAUGAUGUUGAAACACUACCCGACCAAACAUUUAUUACCUCCACUCAAUCAACAAACACUCAGCAAUGGGACCUUUGUUUAUUUUCUGGGGAGGGGGCACUCAGG